AUGGCUCAACUGAGCACAAGCACAAGUACAACGACCGUCGUUCAACCUGUCACCUCCGGUCCCCCUAUCAAUGAUCUGCAGUUCCAGGGAUACUAUUACGACUCCUCAUCCUCAUGGGAAGCGAUCAGGUGCCCUACAUCCCAGAGUCUCACCUCAACAGCCAACUUCGCUCAAUGCUGCAGUUAUGGCGCGACCACAUGCACUACGAUGUGGACGUCCUGCAACGGAAAUACGGCGGUUGGCGUUAGUUCAGCCGUUUGCACUUAUUGCGGUACCAUGUCCAUUUACGAACGAUACCCAGCAGCAGGCCAGGUCCCUUUUACCGAGAUCGUCUGUGGCAACUACUGGCUGGCAUCCACCGUCUAUCGCAAUAUAGUAACAUCCUCCACGAGUAUGGUUAACCACAUCACUUGCAGGCCUUCAGUGCUAAUAUGCGCAGCGAUAUCUGUUGCCACUCUAACGAGUACACUUACUUCGACAAGUGUAUCUUCCACCGUGAAAAGCAGCAUAGCGUCCAGCUCAACGCCAACAGCAUCCAGCUCAACGCCAACAGCGUCCAGCUCAACGCCAACAGCGUCCAGCUCAGCGUCAACAGCGUCCAGUUUAACGCCAACAGCUGUUGAUUCUCCAUCCUCAACCCAAUCGUCCAGCGCCACGCCAACUCCUUUAUCUUCUCCAGCCUCAAAGGCGUGGAUCGCAGGUGCUGUAGCAGGUCCGGUUGUUGCAAUCGCUCUCGUUGGACUCGCAGUAUGGCUCUUCCGCUCUCGAAAAGGACGACGUACGAGCAGCAACGCGAACACGGCAACAACGAUGCCUCAGCAUCCCUACUAUGGCGGUACUUCUGGGCCUCAGAGCCCUGGAAUGGUAAAGCAACCGCCGGAAUACUACCAACACCAACCGCAAAGCUAUUUUCAACCGCAUGAGAUGUCUUCUGUUCCCCCUACGCACGAGCUGCCGGCAGGACAAUAA